CGCACCGGGGCGGCGCGUACCGGCAGUGCUUAUAGGGGCGGGGGCGCGGCAGCCGCGGAGGCCGCGACCGGACGAGAUGGAGCGAGUCGUGCUAGUGACGGGGGCCAGUGGCGGUGUGGGGCUGGCGCUGUGCCAGCGGCUGCUGGCGGAGGAUGGUCGCAUCCAUCUCUGUAUCGCCUGCCGCAACGCUCAGAAGAGUGAAGAUACUCGAAACCUCCUCCUGACCACCCACCCCGAUGCCCAGGUCUCUACUGUGGAGGUGGACCUGGGUAACCUGGCUUCGGUCCUGCGUGUAGCCCGUGAACUCCGCUGCAGGUUUCAACGCCUGGACUUUGUCUACCUCAAUGCUGGGAUCAUGCCCAACCCACACGUGAACUUUAAGGCGCUCUGGCAUGGUCUUCUCACUGGGAGGGUGCUUCACAUGCUGACCACUGCAGAAGGCAUAAUGACCCAGACAGACAGGCUUAAUGGAGAUGGACUGCAGGAGGUUUUUGCCACCAAUCUCUUUGGACACUUUAUCCUGGUUCGUCAGCUUGAGUCUCUACUCUGUGGUAAUGAAAAGCCUUCACGACUCAUCUGGACCUCUUCCAGCAAUGCCAGGGAGUCUGCCUUCAGCCUUUCUGACUAUCAGCAUGCCAAGGGGAAGGAAUCAUACAGUUCCUCCAAAUAUGCUACUGACCUGACAAGUGUGGUUUUGAACAGGAAAUUCAAUAAGCAGGGUCUGUAUUCCAGUGUUGUUUGUCCUGGUCUCGUUAUGUCCAACAUGACCUACAGAAUUUUGCCAGUUUUUCUGUGGAAGCUGCUAAUGCCCAUCAUGUGGCUGAUCCGUUUCUUUGCCAAAACUUACACUCUGACACCGUACAAUGGAGCAGAAGCACAAGUGUGGCUGUUCAAACAGAAGCCGGAGUACCUGGAUGAGCUUGUCAAAUACCACAGCUGUACUUCUGGAUUGGGAAGGAACUAUGUGGAGCCCAGAAAGCUUGAUGUGGAUGAAGAAACUGCUGAGAAAUUUUAUGAGAAGCUGUUGGAACUGGAGAAGCAAACUCUAGAGAGAUACAGUGAUCUGCUAGAUUAAAUAAAGCCAUUUUCAGUUGGGUAACAAUCUUGUGUCAGCAACAGGGACUUUUUCUAUUCCAUUCUGGUGCUACUUAUGUUGCCUGCUAUUCUGCAGGCACAUGGCUUCAGAUCCCAAUUUUCUUCUUGACAGAAGGUGGACAGUUUCUGAAAAUGGGAGUGUAAAAACUGAAGAGAAAUACUUAGUCUUUUUGUUAUGGGAUAUUUUUUUCUGGCAUAAAACUGGAGACCUUGAGUAGGUGGAUACUGCCUUAACAGAGCUGCAAAGCAAUGUCCUGCAAAAGCAUGACUGAACUGUGCACAGUUCAUGAACAGCCUCAGAGUAUGUGCCCUGCAUCGUGGCUCUCCCAGUCUUUCUUGGUGGCUCGAAAGCACUGCCUGUGGUUGAUCCUGAAGCACUUUUAGAAGAGCUGCUCUUAUGCUUGUACACCAAAGCUGAGGCAAACUUCUCGGCUGUGUUCCAGAAGACUGAACCUCACUGUAAAUAAGGCUCUGCACAGCAUCUGAAGCCAAGCUUAUGAAGAGCUGGCCUGAGAAGCACAUCCUUUCCUUCGGCUUUGGCAAUAGAUGUCUUGCUGCCCUGUAGGGAUGGGGACACCGUUUAGGUUUUAACCUUGACUGGCUAGAAAGACUGAAGCCAUUGACGUUAACUUGGGCUCAGGGCUAGUCUGCUCUGUUGUAGCACGAGUGAGAGGCUACCAGGUGAUUUUAAUCUAUUUAAGUAUCUUUUUAUAUAAAUCUACUGUACCAAGUAUUCUUCCUGUUGUCUGUCUGGGGAACUUCAAGUACCUGGUGUACUUCAAAUGAUGCAAUGAAUAAAUGAUUGGAACCGA